AUGUUCUCCAGGCGGACAAAGUUCAGCCUAAUCAGCGCCCUCUUUGGAGCCAGCUUCCUCUACUUAUUUCUUCGCACCUACCGGUACCGAGGCCCAGAAAACCUCGACCUUGGCGGUUUGCUCUCGCGACCCUCCGGAGAACAGGGUACCAAAAACAAAGAUGGCAUCCCCAAGAAACUCUGGUUCAAGCUCGGCCCCAAGGGUCUGGAUGACAACACGCGCGCUUGGUCAGAAAGCUGCAUCAAAGCCAACCCGACAUAUGAAGUAUCAUUCAUGAACGAUGCAUCGGCGGACGACUGGGUCAAAGAAAAGUUUGGCAAGACGCACCCCGACCUAGUCGAGCUUUACCAAGCCCUUACAGUUCCCAUUUUCAAAGCGGACAUACUGCGCUACCUGUUCCUCUUCCUCGAAGGUGGCGUCUACCUCGACCUCGACGUAUCCUGCGACCGGCCGGUCGAUGAAUGGAUCCCGGAGCAGUACAAGGGCAAGGUCUCCAUCGUGGCCGGCUGGGAGUUUGACGUUGGCUGGGGCGAAAACUUUGUCCGGCAGUUUGCGACUUGGACCAUCAUGGCCAAGCCCAACUCGCCGCACAUCUGGAACGUGGUUCACGAUAUUGAAAAGACGAUGCGCGACAAGGUUCGCGAAAAGAGCCUCGACUCACCUGCGAACCUGACCAUGCCCAUGCUGGGCGACGUCGUCGACGUCACGGGCCCGCGUCGCUUCACCCGCGGUGUUCUCGACAGCCUGGAGAGAAAGGGCCUCAAGCCCGAAGACAUGACGCCGUACGAGAAGCUUCUCGAGCCGAAGCUCCUGGGAGACUUGCUCGUCAUGCCGGGCUGGGCAUUUUCCGCCAUGUCCAACACGUACGACGCCCCAUUUGAGAAGCCGCCGCCGCUGGUCACGCAUCACUACGCCGGGUCGUGGAAGAACGACAAGGGCGGUGAGACUUUAUGA